GACAACAUGCGCUGCAAGGUUCUAAUAUUUUGUGCUAUAAUUUGCCUUCUGGUAAUGCUGGCGGAUGGCAAGCAAAGGCAGAGAACUAAGUCUAGAUCCUUGGCCGUCAAGCAAGGACAUAGGAAUGGAGCUAAUAGAAACCUGCAUAGUAAUGCUCGACGGGGAAACCGACUGGCGGCCAGAACGAAGAACCGUAGGAACCGCCGACUGAAUGCGGCUAAGAAAAACAGAAGGCGCCGCAAUUUGGCAAAGAAGUCUAAGAAGAACUUGAAAAAGUCUACACCAACGGCCAGUACUGGCGCCAAAUAUUUGGAGUUGCCAAUAAACUUCCGGCAGGGCUUUGAGCGGACAACGAACACUUUCCGAUCAGAAAGGGCUUUUCUUUCGGCUCGUUAUGGUACAAAUUUCGCCAAGACUUACGGAACAGCUCGUCUCUCGAACAUUGGCAAUAUGGAGUACGAUGUGAAAAUGAGCAUCGGCACACCCAAGCAAAAGUUCACCAUGCUUCCUGAUACUGGAAGCUCGAAUAUCUGGGUACCAGGUCCGAAAUGCAAGAGCAAGGCGUGCAAAAACCACAAGAAAUUCCAUCCAGCAAAGUCAAGUACAUAUAAAAAGAAAACUAAGGCCUUCGCCAUUGAAUAUGGAUCUGGAAGCGUCAAAGGAAGACUGGCUGAAGACACGGUGUCACUUGCUGGACUGACAGUGGUAAAUCAAACAUUCGCCAUGACCCGCAGUGAACCUGGAGAAGCCUUCGAGGAAUCGAAAUUCGAUGGUAUCCUGGGUCUAGGCUUCCAAUCUAUAUCCGUAGACAACGUGAAGACCCUUAUACAGAAUAUGUGUGAGCAGAAAGUGAUUACCGAUUGCAUAUUUGCCAUUUGCCUUAGGGGUGGUGGUACCUCAUCCAAAGGAGGCUCACUAUUUAUUGGCAACAAGAAUACCACAGCCUACACUGGAUCGAACAGUUAUGUAUACACUCCGGUGACCAAAAAAGGGUACUGGCAAAUGAAAUUGGACGGCUUCUAUGUUGGCUCAACUAAAGUCAGUGGCGCUGCCCAGGCCAUAGUCGAUUCCGGAACCUCAUUAAUAGCAGCUCCUCUUCAAGCCUAUAAGGAGUUUGUCAAAGUCACGGGAUGUACUCCAACCUCCAGUGGAGAAUGUUGGGUAAAGUGCUCCACGCACAUUCCAGACAUUAUAUUUAUCGUUAAUGGGAAAAAAAUAAUAAUCAAGGGAGACAAGGUGAAGAUGAAGGUCAAAACUAAGAAGGGCCACACAGUAUGCCUUUUGAUAGUGACCUAUGAGGGGACCGAUUUCUGGAUCCUUGGAGAUCCCGUGUUGAGGACUUCUUGCGUGGUAUUCGAUGAGGCUAAGAAUCGCAUUGGGUUCGCUGCCAUUACGUAG